AUGAAGCUUGCCUGUCUUCGGUGCAAGCGUAAAAAGAUUAAAUGCGAUAAAGCGGAGCCGGUUUGUCACCAAUGCAUCGCUGCCAAAGAAGAAUGCCACUUCCAAGAUAAGGCCACCCCAGUCGCGACACCAACAUCAAAUAUCGAUAAUGCGAUGUUGGCGCUCAACGAGGCCCUCGAAGACCUUGGAAAGUUGAGAGUGCGUACUGAGGCGCUUAGUGUGGACUUUAAAAUAUCCCCGGCAGAGGCACGAUCUUGUAUAGACGGAUUCGUCAGCGUCAUGACCUCAAUGCUUGUCCCAGACGCAUUUGCCUACUCUGUGGUGGAUGUUGGGCUUCUUCGCGCGCUACCCGAGGUUCUUGAUUCUCCCUUUGUCAACAUCGAUCCUGGCGUGCGUGUAAUGUAUUACAAUGCAAUGUAUUAUGGAUUGCAGUUGAUGGACGGCCCAGGAGGGGACCGAACAAUAAAGGCUUAUAUGAAAGUUCUGGAGAGCGUACCUGCAUGGCUUGAGUCUCCGAACGACACAAUCAUGGACAUACAUACUGCGGCACUUUCAGCAUGGACAGCGAUGACCUCCCACGACUACCAACUAGCGUGGAAGUUCCAUUGCAAGGCCUGCCAGCACAUCAAAUCAACCGGCAUAGACCAGUUGGAUGUCGUACCAGCAAAGUCUUUUGAGGAAGAGAGCAAGAGGGAUACAGAGCGCUUUACGUACUGGUACAUCCUAUCUAUUGACACCUUCUUCCGCCUGUUCUAUGGGAAGCCGACAGUCUUGCGGUAUGUGCCAAACAGAGUUCGGCCACCACUACUCUUUCGUCCCGACAACAUGCAGCCUUCAGCUCUUUUAGUUAUGAUGAGCGUUAUGUGGGUACGGUUUACACUGUUGACAGUGGAACUGAUCAGCUACGUUGACAGUCACACUUCAUACGACCAGGACAGAAGCGUCGCCCAGAAAACCGAUGAGACAUGUGCUCAAAUGGAGGCACUCAUGGACGAGUGGAAACUGCACGAAUUGAUGAACGCGAAGGAUACCUCGGAUGACGUUCGCUGCCUUGUCGCCGAUCACAUUAUGAACAUCUACGCGACGAUAAUCGGGUUGCAGAGAUUGGUACGUCGUCACCAAGCAAGACCUGGGCCAGGAGAGUUCGCCCUCAGAGCCGCUCGACGUGUCCUGAACAUCAUCCUUGACUUCUACGCUGAGCCCAAUUUGAACGUCAAGUUCAAAAGCAUAACCAAUCAUUUCAUAACACUAUAUCCUUUCUGUGUCGUAUUCGCACUUUACGAGCACAUCCUAGCUUGCAACAGAACAGAAGAUUGCGAAAGCGAUAUACAAAUUCUCGAGAACAUCGGAGUUGCCAUGGCUCAAAGUGGGACACAGCGUCAAGACUUGGUGCCGUUCGAGAGGACGAUCAAUGCAUUGAAUCGGGUCUCACGAACCCUUCAAGAGGAGAGGCGCAAAGACCUAGUCUUUAGCGACACUAGCGAAAAUGUGACACAGGAGAUGGGCCUGCCACCGACAAGUUUCGAUACGAUUCAAAAUCUGAUGGCUAGUGAACUCCCAGACAUUGAUAUGUCGGCCUUGUCGUCAAUGCCUGACUAUACUGCAAACAUGGAAGGCGACUUCCAAUCUCUGGGAUUCUUUAGAGCACUGGAAAACGAUUUCGUUAUGCGAAACUGGCAGCCAGACUGGUGGGAUCUCGGUGGGGGAGCGGAUGUCGCAAUGAGCCAACUUCCAGAAGCGCAUCCACCAGACUUUAUCUACCACCCGCCAAACACAUGA